CAGAGCUCCUUCACAGCCUGCAGGGCUGCCUCUGCAGUUCAGGGGAAAUCCUCAUACAGAAAUAACAGCGGCACGGGAGUGGAGUGGGACAAAAAGGUUUUUAGAACAGAAGACAAGAAAAGGAGGCUGGCAAGGACAUCUCAUCCCUUGACCCCACCUGAUGAUCCCACGAUUCCUUCCGCCGGUUCUUCUUGCAGCAUUACGCUGGGGUCAUUUUUGACUUCUUCAGAUACCUUGGUGUAAACCCGCCCCGUCUGCCCCUGCCUCAACCCCACAAUGGCUGGCUGUACCAGCCGCUGCAGGCAGGGGCUGCAAAAGCUAAUUCAGUCCCUGCAGAGACUGGUGUCAGGAACCCUCACUAAAGAUAAAGCAGAUGAUGAGCUUGAGAUGACCAUGGUGUGUCACAGGCCAGAGGGUCUUGACCAACUGGAAGCCCAAACAAACUUCUCCAAGCAGGAGCUGCAGAUCCUCUAUCGCGGCUUUAAGAAUGAAUGUCCCAGUGGAGUCGUAAAUGAGGAGACCUUCAAGCACAUUUAUGCACAGUUUUUCCCUCAUGGAGAUGCAAGCAUGUACGCACAUUAUCUUUUCAACGCUUUUGACACAACAAACAAUGGCUCCAUCAAAUUUAAGGACUUUGUGGUGGGCUUAUCCAUUCUGCUGAGAGGAACCCUGAGGGAAAAGCUGGAGUGGACGUUUCAUCUUUAUGACAUCAACAGAGACGGAUAUAUAAACAGAGAGGAAAUGACGGAGAUUGUAAGAGCAAUUUACGACAUGAUGGGCAAGUACACCUACCCUGCUUUAAAGGGAGACGUCCCACAGCAGCAUGUGGAUGCCUUUUUUCAGAAGAUGGAUAAGAACAAAGACGGAGUGGUGACUAUGGAAGAGUUUAUUAUUGCCUGCCAAGAGGAUGAAAACAUGAUGAGAUCCAUGCAGCUGUUUGAAAACGUGAUGUAGGACGGCUUGAAACGAAGAAGACAGGAGCAUGGCAAACCAGAGGGCUUUGUGCGUGUGUGUGUGUAUGUGUGUUUGCGUGCACAUGUGCCGUACAUCCAGUCUAUCCUCCUGUUUCUGCUCUCGCCAGCUGAGCUCUGGAUACAGCCAGAGCUUCCUGUGAUGACACUAAUGAGGGGACUGGAGUGGAAUGCCCUCAGCCUUCCUGCCACGUUUGGCCACACAGCAAAGUGAUUAAUGUGACAGGCAUUGAGCUCCGUCUAACAGAUUGGCCGUUUAUAGAUAAAGACGCUCUGACAUUGAAAGGAUGCUUUGACCUUUGAAGAAACAUGCCUUCCAGAGGUGGACCUACUUUUCUUUUCUUGCCAUGUGUCGUUUGCUUUUUUUCUAUCCAGACUCCCUUGCAUGUGUUUAAUGGGGAAAAAAUGUCUUAUAAGUCAAAUUGUUUUCUGAAAAGUUUGCUAUAAGUACAUCUGCAUUAAUUGACUCAUACAUCCAGUGGCUGGAAGGAUUCAAAAAUGUAAUUUCCGAGUCUCUGGAUUUUAGUGAUGCUUCUACAUUCGUGUCGACUUGGCUGCUGCUCAGACCUCUCUGUCUUUUGCUUGUUGUUGUUCUGUGAAACGCCUGCAUUAGAGAAUUCAAACGAUUAAGGUUGUAAAUUAUAUAGACCUUAGAUGAUGUCUCAGUUGCCUGUCUUUUGUAUUUUGUAAGACUUCAUGUUGUCAAAAAAGUCAAAUGUGUAUGAUUUUAAUUGAUAGCAUUUUUAUGAGGUGAAGUCAAAGCAAAGCAAAGAAAUAUAUAUAAUUUCCAGGGAUUAUAUUAUUUAAGCAAUAGUUUGGAAUUUUAAAAGUUAAGUUGUGAUAAAAUAGUCAUGUGCUCUUAAUAUUUCAGCUGCUGCAUAUCACUCUUUUAACACUUUUAUCAAAAGAGUUGGUAGUAGUAUAUUCCCCAAGGCUAAAGCUAAUGGCUAGUCCUAUAUCCUUCUACAUACUCCAGUUUUCAUAAAUAUCAUAGUGAGAAUUAUUUUAAUCCUUGUCGCAAUUGAACCAAUACAAGAAUUAUUUACCAAAGAAACAUAAGUAGCCUAGGUAGUGGUGUAUUGCCAACAAUCCUCAUGAUCAUAGCAUGUACUUCUGAAAAAACUUGUUUUUCUGGCCAGAGCCAUGAGCUUUAAACUGCCUGCAGUUUAAUACUGACUAGAAAUCUUUACAAAGGUCCUUUUGCUUGGACAGAUUACACUGAAGAUCACUGGAGCACACAGCCAUCUUUCUGCAUUUCUACUCUAAAUGACUGCAUACUUUCAGUUAAAUGUCCAGGUAAUAUCAGAAAACAUUCACAAAAAAUAAGUAGCUUCACAAAUCUAUAUUUCAUAAAGAAUAUAGUUAGUUGGCAACUUUCUUUAAUAAUAAUCCAGGUUGGAUGGUGUUGGACCAAUUGACUUUUACUUUCUUAAAGAUUUGUAAAACCAAAAACAUAAAAAUAUUUUUAUCCAAUCUCAAAAACUUCAUAGGCCAUGAGAACACAAUCUCACAGAUCUUUAAACCUUUGCCAUGUUUGGACUGGGCUGCAUUUCCCAAGAAACAGAUUCUUAUUUAUACAGGCAAAGGAGCAUGGAUGCUGUACAGUACCAGUGAUCCUCCUUUCCGAAUCAUGUAUUGUGUCAUGGAAAUUAUGUAACAACCUCUGUCCAAUCAGAGUUUGGUAAAGCAGCAUACAAAGCAAAAAAAUUGUAGCAGUUUACGUGAAAAAUGUUUGACUGAUUUGAAAACAGCCUCACCUUUUUGGAUUUACUCCGAGUGAAAACGCUGACGUGUUUAGCUCUCGGCAUGUGUUUCACAUACAUCAGUGUCACGCUGCCUCCUAGCGUAGUUUAAGGCAUUACAAAAAUCAUCUAUUUAACUCUUAAUACUUACUCAAUAGAAAUAUGGCAAUGUUUAGAGGUUCAGACUAGAUCUGUCAGAUAAACCACCAUAAUGUUUUGGAAAUUGGAAGUGUUUAGGCUUAGGCCGUUUCGGAGUAGCUAUUAGCUUCAGCCUCCUGGACCAUUUUAUCUGAAUUUAUACUUUUGAAAAGACUCCAGAAGAGGUAUCUUCAACAGAUCAGAGGAACAACCUUACCUCAAAACGUUUGGGCUAUCUUUGUGAUAUUAAUGCAGAGGCCAGCAUUUGGGUGGCAGUGGAUAGCUCAUUUUGCUAAGUAUAGAAGGGUGAAGGUUGUCAGAAGUCAGAUGUAGUGUCAACUUUGAAAUGAUAUGUCCUGACAUAAUGAACAUGUCGCACUGACCAAAACAAUGAUUUUGCACCUAAAGUACAGACAGAACAGCACAUCUAUUAUUGCUCUCUUUGAGUUUUCCAGUAUUUGAAAGAUAAUAGAAAACUCACAGGCCUAAGGUAUUUUAAUCACUGAAAUAUUAACCAUUUGCUUUUUUAAAGUCAGUGGAGCAGUUCUUUGGUCUGUGCAUCAUCUGUGUGACAUCCCCUCCCCCGCUGUACAGUAUCCUUUGUUGAAACAGAGUUGCUAUAUCAGAUUAACAAAAGAUUCAUCUAAAGCCAUAAAAUAAAUAUUUAAGUUAUUUGA